GAAGGGUGGUGUUUGUCCGACAUGGUUGUCUCUGAGCAUUCACGAGCAGAUGAUGAAGAAUGCUCAAGACAAGGAUUUCAAAGCACGAUCUCAGAAGGCUAGCAAGAACCGGCGAGGAGGUGACUUGACCAGCAGCGUACCUCCUUCUCAUGUCCAGGGUUCUAUUUCCUCAGCAGAGCGCGCCAAGAGAUUGGCCGCACAGCGUGGAGGGAUGCUGCCUUCCGCUGUGGACUUGUUCAUGGACACACACAUGAGGGAUGAGUCUGGAAAGAAGGUUCCGAUCAACGACAAAGUCCAAAAAAUCAAGGAAAGUUAUGACAAAACUCUUGCUCAAUGUGAAGAAAGAGGUGAAACCAAGGCCCCGAACCAGAUUUUCUUUGAGACUGUUGGUGGCAGAAAGAAAGGGUGGGUUCCUGGUUUGGGGACGAGUGCAGACCUCUAUUUUGAGAGGUCUUCGAGGGGAGGAGGUAGUUCGUCCUCCAGUUGCACUCCUUCCAUGUAUUCUCAGUUGUCUGCGAAGUUUGAGGAAGAGAGAGCCGAGAUGCAAAGAGAACGUGAGCGGAUGCAGAAGGUGAUAGAAGAGGAACGCAUCGCCAGGCAAAAGGAGAGAGAGGAGGAUCGCAGGGUGUAUGAUGAGUACCUGACGCAGAUGAGGGCCACUAUGGAGACAUACAGCCAGAUGAUGAGCCAGUGUGGUGGUUCAUUCCCCCCUCCCGGGCCUCGAGACCCCCCCACCGGCGGUGGUGAUGCGUGUGCGACUUAGGAUCCUACAUUAGCUUGCACUAUCUAUCUUGUUUAUAUUUCGGAACGUGAAAACAUAUAAUUUAGUUAAAACCGUUAACUUAUUUUUAUGUAUGUAUGAAUUUAUAUUAGUGUAUUUAUGAAUUUAUAUUUAAUGCAAACAGGUCAUUAGUGCAGAAUUUGGCGCAUUAGCGGACAGCUUGAGUAUAUAUUUGAUUGGAAAACGAAACAGGUUAAAAACUAUUAAAUUACAA